AUGGAUUCACAACAAAAUGUAAUUUAUUAUGACAGAACUCAUAAUUGGAAUCUUUACAUUCCAUUAUUAUUUACACAAAAUAAACUAUAUAACUAUAAACCACAUUGUUUAUUGAUUGAUAUACAAAAAAUUUGGUCAUAUUCUUUCGAAAUUUUCAAGGCCAAUAACUUGUAUUAUAAGUUUAAUAAAAAUUUCUUAUUUUGGAAUAAUAGUCCAAUUAACAAAUUUUUUAUAUGUGGGAAUAUCAUAUCUUAUCGAUUUAACUAUUUUCAUAAUAUAGAAUACGUUGCUUUUAGAAUCGAUGAUAAUUCAUUUAAUGAUACUAAGAAUAACAAACAGGAAUUAUGCUUACCCAAAUUUAUUAUAAAUAGAAAUUUACUUGAGUCAAUUAUUAAUAGAAAUUUACAGAAUUUAAGAAAUAUUUAUAUCGAAGUGUCAAAUGUUGAUUUUUUUAAUGAAACUAUUCGAAUCGAUAAAAUUGUAAAUUAUAAUUUUGAUUUAUUGGAUCAGAUUCAGUUUUGGAAGUUAGCAAUCAAUGAUAAAUUAUGUUUUCAAAAUUAUAUUUGGAUUAUUGGAAAAACCUCAAUUACAAAUGAAAAUAAUAAUAAUAAAAAUGGCGGUGAUAACAUACAUAGUAAUAAUAGCGGUAAUUUGCAACAACAUAUUUUUAUUGAAAGUUUGAAUAAUAAUAUUAUUAAAAAAAAUUUGGAAAUUUUAUCGCCAUAUUUAGAACCACAAGAUGUAUCUUCAUCAACCGAUAUUUUUUUAAUACCUGAAUUAGAUAAAUUUGGACAGAAUGUAUACGAAUCAAAUAAUAGAAAUAUUUCCUUCAUUAAUAUUUCCACAGAGGAUUUUAUUGAGUUUUCUAAAGUUGAUAAUAAAAAUAAUAGUAAUAAUAAUGUUAAGCACAGUAAAACCAAUUAUAAAAAUAAUAUUGGUAUUAAUAGAUAUAACAGUAAUAAUAGAAUUACCAUGAAGAUGAUAAAUUUCAGUUUUCUAUCCACACUUUACAACUAUCAUCUUUCAGUGCCAAAUGCCCAAAAUAUUUCAGUUGUUGAGUUAUACAAAUUUAAUGGAUUGAAUGAUAUGAUCGAGCAAUAUAUAUUAAGUGAGAAGCAAAUAAGAAAAGAAAAAAGAGAAAAUAAUGAAAUUUCGGCCAGUUUGCUUAAAUCUACAUUAUUUCAAACUGUAUUAUCGAAGUAUGAAGCUAUAGGAUUGCUAUCUUUUUUUAAUAAUAUUAAUAGCUGUGAUUUAAAACCUUUUUUGCAAUUAUUAUCAUUUAUUGAUUCGAAGUGUCACACUUGGUUAAGAUUACACAUCAAAAUAAAUGUAAUAAAUUUUGAAAUAAUUUGUCAUGCAUUCCAAAGAAUUAUACCCAGAUUAGAUGUGGAAACAAUAUUGUCCUUAUUUAAAAUAGUGUUAAAUAACUUAACAUUAGAUGAUCCAUAUGUCAAUGCCUGGUAUUUUGAAUUAGAUCAAAAUGUGUCAAACCAUAAGUACGCACUAGUCCAUUUUAUUUUGAAAAACUCUUAA